AUGGACAACGCUUUAACACGAACUGUUUUGACCAUACAAUAUUCUAAUCAUGUUGUUCCGCUCGCUGACAAUUCUUAUAAAAUCAUCGUUAGCCUAAGUCUCCUGGCCGUAUCCGGUGCAUUUGUCAAUAUUGCACUGAAUAAACCGGCAUAUCAGAGUAGAGUAUGGCAUGACGAAGACGCACAAAAUGCCGUAGACGGUCGUAAAUCAAAUCAAACGGGGAAAGCUGGAGAGUGUUCUAAAACGUAUGGGGAUCAGAACGCCACCUGGUGGGUGAACUUGACCAGCAUCUACAGAAUCCAUCACAUAGUGGUCUACUACAUGAAGUACUAUGGACAUUGGGGCAGUGUUGGAUCAUCUGUUUAUGUAUCCAAUACAACCAAUAUAUCAGAUGGAUUUAUGUGCUUCAACGACAGUAACUUUUCAGUUUUCACCGUACCUGCUAUUGUUAACAUUUCAUGCUCGACAAAAGCACAAUAUGUAAUAUACUACAACGAGAUACGACCAGGUGUUAAGUAUCCUGAAUCUAAAUUUACAUAUGCGAAAAACCUGCUUUGUGAACAUGACCUGUUUUACUGUUGCUCAAAUGUCAAUUGUCAAUACUGUUACAUGGAAACAGGCGCCUGUUUGGACUGUAAACCUGGUUACAAAGACGAAAGGUGUCGAUCAGAAUGCACAAAUGGGAAAUAUGGAGAACAUUGCCAGAAUGAUUGUGGACAUUGCAGAUAUGUAUCCCAGUGCAAUCACAUUAACGGGACAUGUGUACAUGGAUGUAAGUCCGGGUAUAAACAACCAACGUGUACACAAAAGUGUGAAAUAGGGUCAUAUGGAUUGGAUUGCAGUGAAACCUGUGGACACUGUCUAGAUGUCCGCCAGUGUUCCAAUAACAAUGGGAUAUGUUUAAAUGGCUGUGAUGCUGGGUAUCAAGGUGCAGUCUGCAAAAUACAAUGCACUUCAGGAAAGUAUGGAAAGGACUGUCAGCUUGAUUGCGGGCACUGCAAAAACAUGAUGCAGUGCCACCACGUGGAUGGAACGUGUGUAACCGGAUGUGAACCAGGUUUCAUAGGAGAUACGUGCAAAACAGUCUGCGACAAAGGAUGGUAUGGUGAUCAAUGCAGGGAACAAUGUGGUCAUUGUCGUGAUGCAAACCAAUGUCUGCAUACAAACGGAACAUGCAUAACGGGGUGUAUGACUGGGUAUUACGGGGAUUUAUGUAAAACGCAAUGUACACACAUGAAGUACGGUGAUGGUUGUCAGACUGAUUGUGGACAUUGUAAAGAUAUGGUGCAGUGUAACCACGUGGAUGGGGCGUGUCCAAACGGAUGUGAACCCGGAUAUACACAAGACAAUUGUACACAACAUUGUGAGAUAGGAACGUAUGGAGUUGACUGUAAUGAGACCUGUGGACACUGUCGUGAUUUAAACCAGUGUUCUUACACCAAUGGAACAUGCUUCACUGGAUGUAAUGCUGGUUACCAUGGUGCCCAAUGCAAAACAGUUGACAAGCUGUCUAGAAGAACCCUUCUCUUUUUUAUCUUUUCGUUAUGUUCGAUAUUGGGACUGACAUGGAUUUGUUGGAUAAUCUCCACAAUUUGUAAUAGAAGAGGACGGUGUGGACAACAAAAUUUCAAGCAAUGCAAAAAGGAAGUCCAGGCUGAAGAUUUACAUAUGAAAGCUGAAAGUGAGCACAUGGCGCGGAUAUACGACGAUACAAAGUGUAAGAGUCCGGUGGAAAAUCAGACGUGUUUCAAUGUUCCUGAAGACAACACUUAUGUUGAAAUGAAACAUAUUUAUCAAAAUUGAAUAACUCUACGGAGCUUGACAGCAAAGCGCAACUUAACCAUUCAAUAAUUUAUGAGCUCCUUUCCAGGUGAUCAAUGGCGAUCAAUAACGAGCUUCAGAUUUUGGUUUUAUUUUUUUUUAUAUAUAUUUAAAAAUCCUUUGAAUUAUAGAAAACAUAGAUUCCAUAUUGUCGCAGGUCAAUUUUCCUUAUAGAUUAGAGAUAAAAUUUGGAGAGGCUAUAUAGAAAAAUGACAAAUUUAUAGUUGCAUCAACCGGAGCCUUUAUAGUUAGGACAAUGCCAUGUACAAUGCACAUCACUUAAAUGUGUUCCUUAGUUAGAGUUACCUUUGUAGCAGUUGGAUAGGCAAAACUCCAAACAUUUCUCAGGAUGAAACGUAAAAGUACAACACUGAAUACUCAGGGGAAUUUACAAUAAAUGUAAUAAAAAUUAUUUAACAUCCGUCGAUGCCCAAUAUAAAAUUGGGAAGUAUACCCCCCUCUCCAAAAAAAGGAAAAUAAAAUAAACAAGGGGUGUAAAAGUCAUUACAAUAAUGAUAAUCCUAAUUUUUUUUUAGCUAUGAAGUUGCAGGGUUUCGUGUUAGUGAAUGCAAAUACCUUGCAAAGAAUUUUGUUGUACAAAGUGAGUGUAAAUUUCAUUGACUUGAUAUUUGUUUUCGUUUUUUAAGUAGCUUGUUUUUUUUAUGUUUGACAUUGUUUGUAUUAGGUUCAAUGUUUAAAGGGACUUGGACACGAUUUGAGAUCAAACAUUUUAUUUUUUAUGUAUAAAAUGGUUAACUGGUGCAAUUUAAAUGAUUGACCAAAAUAUUAAAUGUUGAAGUCAAGUUACAAGCGAGAUACAGAGGUAAGAAUUGAUAGUUAUGUAAACAAAGCUCGAGUCUUAUAGUUGUUUACAAAAAAUGUAAUGUAGAAUUUUAACAUUUCUUGGACCAAUUAAAAUGUAAAAACCAUUUAAACUAAUUCAAUAUCUUUAUAAAUACUAUUAUCAUCAAAAGAAAGUUAUAUUUGAUUGAAACCUACACCAAUACAACACAUAUGUAAAAAUGACAAUA